UGCUUUUCGUCAGGACAAAAGUACCCUGACCUAGCGCUAGCGGCAGUGGACCCCCUACUCUUGCACCGGCGAUACGGGCACGCAGGAUUCCGCCGAAUCGCUACCACUGCAAAGGAUCAUCAAAUUGAACUCGAACACAGGGACACCCUAGAGUGCGAAGCAUGCUCGCUAGGCAAGGCCACACGCCUCGUUUCAAGGGACCCAAUCCCAAAGACUAAUGAUCCAACACAGCUCUGGCAUGCAGACAUCCAAAAGGUGACCCCGAUUGGUCAUGGCGGAUUCAACUACUUUCUACUCAUGGUCAACAACGCUACUCGCUUAGUGAGGACGGCCAUGCUUAAACACAAAGAUGACGCCUCCGACGAGCUGAUCAGGAUGAAUAUGGAACACAAGAAUAUGGUCGGCCGAUACGUGGCCACCUGGCACCUAGAUGGUGGCCGCGAGUUCAACCGCUUUAGGAAAUGGGCGAAUCAUGCAGAGCGAGGCAUUCAAAUCAAAAUAUCACCUCCUCGAACACCCGAAGCCAACGGCCUAGCUGAACGAUACGGCGGCUUGCUCAACCGAAUGAGCAGGGUCAUGAUACUAGAUGCUGGCCUCCCUGCUCACCUCUGGCCGUACGCUGUACGCCUCUCAGCGCAGAUCCUGAAUCGCCUCGUCCCCUACCACAGCGCUGUCAGGAAGACCCCCGUGUUCCUAUACAGAUCCCACUACAACCUCCCGAAUCCUAACGCGUCACUAGACUUCCUACGCGUAUUCGGAUGUCGUGCCUACCAACACAUUCCCGCAGGAAGAUCGAGUCGCAUCCCAGAAAAUGGGACCUCGUGCAAAAGUCGGAUACUUCGUCGGUUUCGAUGGGGGACAACGGACACGUUUACUACGUGUGGGAUCCUAUAUCUGAUAAAAUUAAACGAUCACGAGACGUUAAAUUCAACGAAGAUCGAACCUACAAGGAUGACAAGGAGGAUCCCGGUGGAGUUCCUACACGCGAACCUGACCCUAAAGGACCAACACCAGCUGGCCCAGGUGCCGCGCUCAAGUUAGACAACGCGUUCCUGCACCAAACAACCAAUAUAUCANGAUAACACGAGGGCCCUGAUUGAGCAACCGGACCCUGAAGAAGACGUCAUCCGAGGCAGAAUCCACACCAUAUCUGCCUCCGCAGAGCCUCCACCUACACGCUCGAUCGAGAAUGCCACAGAAUACGAGGCAUCCUCAACGAAAUACGCCGCGCAGGACUACCGCCUGCCGGACCCUACUGAGCCAGAAGAACAACCCAUACUGAGGCGCUCCGCAAGGACCACUAAAGGCAAAUCAUCAACAUGGCCAGAUUACCAACAACUGGCCACGGUUGACCGGGUGACCCUACCCCACCUCAAACAACACGAAGUGGUCGUUCCGAACACCUACAGCGAAGCGAUGAAGUCCCCGCUGGCACCAUACUGGAAAGAUGCUAUGGAUACACAGAUCGAUAAGAUACAGAAUAUGGGCACCUACGAGAUCGUGAACCGACCUCCAACCGCUCGCGCAAUCCCAGGCAAGUGGGUGUACGACCUCAAGGUCAACACUGACGGAUUCGUCACCCAAUUCCGUGCUAGAUGGGUAGUCUGCGGCAACCGCCAGAUACCAGGCAUCGAUUACGACGAAUCGUUCGCUCCUGUCGCCAGCGAAGCGGCCCUGAAGCUAUUCAUGACGAACGUCGCUAUAAAAGAUCUUGAAUGGGAACAAUGUGAUAUAGUAUCUGCUUAUCUACACGCGCAGAUACAGGGCAAACGCGUGUUCAUGAAACAACCUACCGGAUACCAUGAAGGACCACCGGAUCAGGUGUGCCUAUUAAAGAUGGCCCUCUACGGCCUCCGCCAGGCGGCCCACCUCUGGCACCAAACGUUUGACGAAACACUUAAAAGAAUCGGUUUCGAACCACUGAGGGAGGAUCCCUGCGUAUACAAAAAGGGUGAUAUCUGGUUGAUUAUUUAUGUUGACGACUCCGCUAUCGCUGGCCCCAGGAAGGAAGACCUAGCCGAGGUCAAACAACACCUAAACAAGGCAUUUGGCCUGAAGGAAAUGGGGGAACCAAAGGUUCUACUAGGAUGCAACGUUCAACGUGACUACCAAGCAGGCACGAUAUCACUAUCCCAACCAACGUACGUGGAGGAGUGCCUCAAUGCAGCGAACCUAGGAUCCUGCACCCCCUCCGCCAUUCCGAUGACCGUUGCCUACAAAAAGUCAGAUCGCUCGAAUAUGACUACCGAAAACGUCAACCUAGCCGAAUAUCAAAGCCUUGUAGGGCGUUUGAACUGGCUAACCACAAAGACCCGCCCCGAUAUACGUCAUGCAACGUUUAGACUUCAAAGGCGCAUGAACACUCCCACUACGGCCGACGCUAAAGCAUUGAAAAUUGUAUACAGAUAUCUGAAAAGGUCCAUCCCGUACGGGAUCACCCUCGCCACUGACCAUACCAAAGGCAUCGAAGUCUUCGUAGAUGCCGCCCACGCUGACCACGAAGACGGCAAAUCAACGGAGGGAUACGUCAUCUUCUACGCUGGCGGCCCAAUCAGCUGGUCAUCCAGGAAGCAAUCGCUAGUUGCACCGUCAUCUACGGUAGCAGAAUACUGCGCGUUUGACUCCGCCGCCAAAGAAGCCUUGUAUAUAAAGAAAUUGGUUGAAGCGUUUGACCUCAAGGCCUCCGUUGACGGCAGGAUACCCUUGUACACCGACGCCGCCAACUCCCUACGGAUCCUGAACCACGGAGGCUACACCAGGUCCACUAGAUGGCUCGAUAAUCGUUACCUAUUCGUAGCCGAUCUGAUCACGAAGAACGCUAUCACCAUUCAACACAUCCCAGGGACCACCAACCCGGCGGACGGCCUCACCAAGCCGCUUGAUAACGAAUCGUUCAAAGCGUUCAGGCACCUCCUCGGAAUGACCCCCAUCUCCUCCCCGAACCUGCAUCCAGGGAACACCGGUUGA